GUCUAUUUCGAAUCAAAUUUUUAAAAUUAUUUUGCAUUUGUGUAUAUAGAGACGAUUUUUUUUUUAAAAAGUUGAACCUAGUGUUCCUAGUUUACCAACAAAAAUGAGUCUUUCGUUAAGGGCUGAAUUUGCCUUGGAUAAGAAUAAGAAAAAAAAGAAACGUGAACUUGCUGAAGAACAGAAGCAAGAAAUAAGAGAAGCCUUUGAUUUGUUUGAUACAGAUAAAGAUCGAGCCAUUGAUUACCAUGAGCUUAAAGUGGCCAUGAGAGCCCUGGGUUUUGAUGUUAAAAAGGCAGAUGUAUUAAAGACAUUACGAGAUUAUGAUAGAGAAAGUACAGGCAAGAUUUCUUUUGAGGAUUUCAAUGAAGUUAUGACAGACAUGAUGCUAGACAGGGAUCCACAAGAAGAGAUACUUAAAGCUUUUAAAUUAUUUGAUGAUGACACAUCUGGGAAAAUUAGUUUGCGUAAUCUAAGAAGAGUUGCACGGGAACUGGGUGAAAAUAUGACAGAUGAGGAAUUGAGGGCCAUGAUCGAUGAGUUUGACAGAGAUGGCGAUGGCGAGAUCAAUGAAGAGGAAUUUAUAGCUAUCAUGACAGGUGACACGUGAAGCGAGCCAUUGAAGCUGUGAUUAGAUGUUGCUGUGUGAGUGAAUGAGGAACAUGUUUUUAUGUUUUGCAAUUUUACAUGUUUUUAUGUUUUGCAAUUUUACUUGUAAUGUGUACUAGUGACACGGUUGUUGUUGUUUUUCAGUACAUGUUUUUAUUAUAAAUAUUUCGGCUAUUAUAAGCCUUGACCAAAGUGGCCUAGAUGACUAAUGAAGCAUACACAUGUUAAAUAUUAUAUUGCUAAACCUCGAGAUCAUGCAUAAAAUAUGAAAUGCUCAAACUUCAGUAAUCUAAGGAUCUUAUUAGAAAUUUCAAUAAGAUUCUAACUUCUUUCAAUAGUAAGUAGUGCAUCAAAUAUUAGCUCAUUCUUCUCAUGACACUGUUCAAAUCUUAAAUACAAUAAUUGCAUCUUUUUUUUUUUUUUUUAACAAACAACAGACCUAACUUUACCCUCUGUGAAAAGUGUUGUUUUCAAUAAUCCAAUUACAAUGAUUGUUAAAUUUCACUCAAAUCAGAAAUUGAGUUGAUAGGUUUAAAAGUUGAUGCCAUUUGUGUUAAGUUACCUACAUGUAUCUUUUUAAAAUAAGUUUGUUUUUCUUUUUUUCAAUUUUCUUAUAUAAUAUUAAUUAUACAGACCUGACGUUUAUACAUUAAAAUAUUAUAGAUUGGUCAUAUAAUAAAUACUUUUUAAAAUUAAAAUUGGCAUUAUUCUUAUGA